AUGAAGUUUAACACAGUCUUCUGUGUGGUUGGAGCCGUACUUCUCAUCAUUGCAGGCUGUCUGGGUCAGUCAGAUGUCUGUGGUCGAGCGCCUCUCAACACUAAGAUUAUUGGUGGACUGAAUGCAACAGAAGGGUCUUGGCCAUGGCAGGCCAGCAUUCAUAUUAAGUCAACAGGAGAUUUAUAUUGCAGUGGGUCUCUGAUCAAUAAGGAAUGGGUUUUGUCUUCAGGUAGUGGCUUUGCGUUAGUCUCUGUUUCUGACAUUGUGGUCUACUUGGGACGUCUGACUCGAAAUGGCCCAAACCUACAUGAGAUAUCCAGGACAGUGACGAAAAUCAUCAAGCAUCCUAAUUAUAACAGUCUCGGCAGCAAUUUAGCACUUCUCCAGCUCUCUUCCUCCGUGACUUUCAGUGAUUACAUUAAGCCAGUCUGUCUGGCUGCUGCUGGUAGUGUGUUUGUUGAUGGGACAGAGAGUUGGGUCACUGGAUGGGGCUCAAUCAAUGCUGCUAAUAACGCGCAGGAACUCAAGUUUCCUGACAUACUGCAAGAGGUGGAGAAUCCUAUUGUGAACAACAUUGAAUGUAACGCUGCCUAUGGAGGAAUCAUUACAGACAACCUUUUAUGUGCUGGAUUUUUAAAUGAGAAUGGAAAAGCCCCAUGUGUGGGAGACAUUGGAAGUCCACUGGUCACUAAACAGGACUCCCUCUGGAUCCAGUCUGGAAUUGCGAUCUAUGGUUAUUGUGGUCUACCUGGCUAUCCUACUGUGUACGUCAGAGUGUCUGAAUAUGAAGACUGGAUCAGCUACUACACAAACAGCAGUCUGCCUGGAUUUGUCUCAUAUCCGCUCACUCUUGGUGUUGGUGAUGGAGGAUCAGUCAACCUCUCCUCAUUUCCCCUUGCUCUCGCUUUCUCCAUCAUCCCUCUCUUCAUCUCACGCUUCUUUUAA